CUCGAUCUAUAAUUAUUGGACCUCUUCGUGAUACUAAUCUUGCAUACACAUCUGAUCGAUCAGGAUGAGCACUUCUUCCAUGGCCUUUCAAUUAGGAGCUUCUUCCUCUCUCUCAUUCUCUUCUUCUUCUUCCAUUCGUAGGUGGACUCACGACGUAUUCUUGAGUUCUAGAGGUACGGAUGUUCGCAAAUACUUUAUUUCUCAUCUAUACCAUGCUUUGUAUCGAAGGGGAGUCAACACUUACAUAGACAACAAUCUCGAAAAAGGAGAGGAAAUUUCGUCAGAACUUCUCAAAGCAAUUGAUGGAUCAAAGAUUUCUAUCGUUGUACUCUCUAAGAACUAUUCAGAUUCUAGAUGGUGUUUAGAUGAGCUAUUGAAGAUUCUUGAGUGCAAGGCAAUGGUGAAACAAAAUGUUUUACCCCUGUUCUACGACGUAAAUCCGUCAGAUGUACGACGUCAAAAAGGAAGUUUUGGAAAAGCAUUUGCUAGACUUAGAUUUGCUAUUAAUGAUGAAGUAAAGGUUACAAUGUGGGAGGCAGCUUUAAAAAAAGUAGGCAGUUUGGCCGGCGUCGUAUUAGGGGACAGGAAUGAAUCAGACUUUAUUUUGGACAUCAUUACAUGGGUGGACUCGAUAAUGAUAAAUCGUACAUCUCUUAAUGUUGCUAAGUAUCCGGUUGGAAUAAAGUCUCGUGUACGAGACAUUUAUCAGCGUUUAAGCUUGGAAAGGAAUGAUAUUACAUGCAUGGUAGGAAUAUGGGGAACCGGUGGAAUUGGUAAGACAACUAUUUCAAAAGAGAUAUAUAACAGGAUUUUUCAUCAAUUUGAAGGAAGUUGUUUCUUGAAAAACAUUAGAGAAUCUUCAAAAACAGGAGGUUUGAUUCGGCUACAAAAUACACUUCUUUAUGAGAUUUUGGGAGAAAAUUUGGAUGUUCGUGAUUGUGAUAGAGGCAUAAAUGUGAUCAGUCAUAGACUUCACUCUAAAAGAGUUCUCCUAAUUCUAGAUGAUGUGGAUGAGUUGAAACAACUAGAAACAUUAGCCGGAGAUCGUAAAUGGUUUGGUCCAGGAAGCAGAAUCAUCGUAACAACAAGAGAUCAAGAUUUAUUAAAUAUCUUUAAAGUUGAUUCAACAUACCAGAUGGAGAUUUUGGCAUACAGUGAAGCUCGUAAGCUCGUUAGCUUGCAUGCUUUCGAGAAAGAAGAACCACUUGACAGUUAUGCAGAAGUCUUUGAACAAGUAAUGCAAUAUGCUCGAGGUCUUCCACUAGCUUUAACAGUGCUGGGUUCAAAUCUAAAAGGUAAAACCAUUUGUCAAUGGGAAAGUGCAUUGGAUAAAUAUAAACAAAUACCCAACGAAAAUAUUCAGAGUGUACUUCAAGUAAGUUAUGAUGGACUGGAAGAAUGUGAUAAGGACAUGUUUCUUGAUAUUGCAUGUUUCUUCAAAGGACAACCUUUGGCUGAUGUCAUUAAAAUAUUUGAGAGUUGUAAUUUCCAUCCUAAUGAUGGUAUCCCGAAGCUUAUAGACAAGUGUCUUAUCACUGUUGGGUAUGAUAUUUGGAUGCACGACUUGCUACAAGACAUGGGCAGAGAAAUUGUUCGAAAGGAAUCACCCAAAGAACCAGGCGCACGUAGUAGAUUAUGGUGUCAUGAAGAUAUUCGCUAUGUACUAGAGGAAAAUACUGGAACAAACAAUGUUGAGGGGAUAAAAGUGGAUCUUCCUGUUGGUCAUGAUCAUGACACGAUAUGCCUGAGUCCCAAUGCGUUUAAGGAGAUGAAAAGACUCAGAAUUUUUAUAAGCCAUAAUGCACACUUUUCUGGAGAAUUUAAUUAUCUUUCUAAUGAAUUAAGAGUGCUUAAUUGGUCAAACUAUCAUUUACAAUCUUUGCCAUCCAAUUUUCGUGGAGAGAAGCUGGUUGUUUUUAAAAUGCAUGCAGGUUGCAUCAAGGAAAUCAUUACCGGGAAAUUUAAGAACUUGACGAAAAUGAAAUUUUCUAAGUGUAAGUUCUUAACCAGAAUUCCGGAUUUCUCGAGUUGCUCAAAUUUAGAGGAAUUGAGUAUUCUGACGUGUGAAAAUUUAGUUGAAAUUCAUGAUUCUGUUGGAUUCCUCAACAAGCUUGUUAGUUUGGGCCUUUAUGGAUGCCCUAACCUGAGGAGUUUUCCAAGGCGUCUCAAGUUGAGAUCUCUAAGAUACCUUGCACUUUAUGAUUGCUCAGAACUUCAAAACUUUCCACAAAUCGAGUGUAAAAUGGAAUUUUUAAGUUCCAUUCAUUUGGAGGGCACUCCAAUUAAAGAAUUGCCUUCAUCCAUUAUUGGGUACCUCACUCCUGCUAUUAAUUCGUUAUCUUUGAAACGAUGCACUUCUCGAUUGCAAAAUCGAAAUGAGCUUUGUCUUGGUGACUAUUCUAUAAAGCUUGAAGAAGAUGAACCAGAUUCAUCCGUUAAUGGAUGCUUCACUGGUAUUGACCAUUUAUCUAUAGAAGGAAGCCUAGUGCAUCUCCUAAUCAGCAUUCCUCACUUGCAACAUCUGAAGAGUCUUUCUCUCGCUAAUCAUCCAAAUAUUGCAAUAGAUGAAAUACAUUCAUCCAUUGGGUACCUCACUAGGCUUAAAAAGUUGCACCUGACAACAUCCCCAUUGGUUGAUGGGUUUUGGCCGUCGGUUUUUAAUAAUUGGUAUCUUGACGACUUUUCAGAUUAUUGCUCAUCCACUUUGCAAGAGUUAGAUCUAUCUGAAAGUAGUGCUAUUGUCAGCCUUCCUCCAAGUAUCAAAAGCUUUGUUGAAUGGGUUUUGUACCAACCCUGAUUUAUUCAUACUUAAAAUUUAAAUUAACACUGUUUUCAAUAAAAUCUACUUUUUGACCAAUCACAUCACAUUGGUGCACAGAUUAGUGCACAAUUGUGCUUGCAACUAUACUUUUCCUUGUUGAAUUGAGGAUUCUCAAUUUGAGGCAUUGCGACAACCUUAAAGAAAUUCUGCAUCUUCCACCAAAUAUACAAGAGCUAUAUGCUAGUGAUUGUCGCCGCUUGGAAAGAUGCCUAGAAGUAUCAACGAAAUUUCAAUUCUAUACAUCAUGUGGCUUACGAAAGCUAAGAUGGAUUGAUUUGUCCUAUUGCCAUACAUUGGAUGCAAAUAUAGGGAGUCAGGCGCCAAAUCCUUCAUUUGUUGAGGAACAUAUUCAGGACCAUUCACGUGGUAUUAUAUUUCCAGGAAAUAAGAUUCUAGAUUGGUUUAGCCAUACUAAGGAGACUUCAAAUAGUCAUUCCUGUGAAUUGGAUAUUAGUGGGCCCUUGUAUUUGGAUAAAAUCAUAGGAAUUGUUUUCAGUGCUGCUCUUGGAAAAGACCCGGAUGGAUCAGAUGGAGGGUCGACUGAUAUUUAUGUUUCUAUAAACGGUAACAGGCUUGUAGAAGCAGAUUUUGACAUAUGUUUUGAUAACUUUGGAGAGAUGGAUGAUUGGGAAUGGGAUCAUGUAUAUCUGAACUACUCAUUUCCAAAAUCUAUCGAGCAAUGGCUACGGAACCCAACAGGAGACAAUCUAUGGUUUAUAUUUGAGAGCAAACAAGAACCGAUCUUCAAAAGUUGUGGAGUUCACAUAAUAUAUAAGCAUGAAGAGAAUGAGAGUUUAACAGUUGGGGAGUGCUCAGUAAAUGCAUCGAAUGGUAUCCAACUUUCUAAGAGACGCCGAGAUGAUGAAGACAGCAACUUGGAAUUUAACAGGCAUCCACAACACAAGAGGCGCUCUCAAAACUUGGGCAAUUCAAAUGUGGUUAUCGAUUGCGCAUGUGUUGACGGUGAUUUCGCAGAAGCAGAAGGAGGCUCUGAGAGAAGUUUAAAAGAAGAAGAAGAAGUACCUGCCUCUCGAUCUGCGUCCCAAGAAAGCUAGGGCAAUUCGUAGAAGGCUUACUAGGCUCCAGGAUUUUACGCUGCCGGUGCAAAAGGGUUUCUCAAAUGAUGGGCAAAAGUCAAAGGAAAUUUGGAGGAAACAUGUGUGGGUGGUGUUGUUGCUGGACUUGUUUGUGUGCUCGGUGUUGUUCGUGAUAUGGUUGUGGGUUUGCAGGGGAUUUAACUGCAUUGCAGGUUAAUUUGGGAUUGAAUGGUUGAGUUGGGGAAGUUUUGGUUCUCUCUCUCUGUUUUUUUCUUUUAAAGGUCUGGGAGGAGGUGGGGUUGGUUUUAGGACAGAGGCAUGACUUUCACGAGCCAUUGGUGUGUGAUGAGCUUGUAUAAGCAAGUGUUGUUGAUUUUUCUUUUGGUAAUUUACUUGAAAUUUUCUGCUAAAUCUUUGUAUGAACUUCAAGACAAGUAAUACAGCUCUUUUUUUACGGUUCAUUUA